AUGUGGGCCAAAGGUUUGCGAGCAAGCAAGCACUUAGCCAAAGAGUAUGGCCCUGUGUUCACGCUGUACUUUGGUCCCAAGCCUGUCGUGGUCUUGCAUGGAUAUGAGGUGGUGAAGGAAGCGCUGGUCAACCAAGGUGAUGAAUUCCUCGGUAGAGGGCCUUUUCCAAUUAUUUCAGAUGUCCUGAAAGGAUAUGGACUCAUUUUCAGUAAUGGAGAGACAUGGAAGCAAAUGCGACGCUUCUCCCUCAUGACCCUGAGGAACUUUGGAAUGGGGAAGAGAAGCCUUGAGGAGAGGAUCCAGGAGGAAGCCAAGUACCUGGUGGAGGAGCUCAGAAAAACAAAGGCUCAGCCCUUUGACCCUACUUUCAUCCUCUCACUUGCUCCCUGCAAUGUGAUCUGCUCCAUCCUCUUCAACUCGCGUUUCCAGUACCACGAUGAGAAGUUCCUUCACCUGAUGGGUUUGUUAAAUGAAAAUUUUCAGAGAGUAAACUCUCUAUGGAACCAGAUGUAUAAUCUGUGGCCGAACCUCAUAAGGCAUCUUCCCGGAGAGCACAGAUCAUUUUCCAAAAGGAUUCAAGAUGUUAAAGAUUUCAUUCUGGAAAAAGUGAAAGAGCACCAAGAGUCCCUGGAUCAGAAUAACCCUCGAGACUACCUCGACUGUUUCCUCAGCAAGAUGGAACAGCAAACUUUCUGGUAUUUACAGCAAAAUAGAAAGGAGAAAUUCCAUCAGGAGCAGAGCAAAGGGCUGUUUAGCAAUAUGUCUUUGACCUUGGGGACCUUUUCUAGACCACUUUCUGUUGUAUAUUGCAAGCAUUUAGCCAAAGUUCAUGAAGAAAUUGACAGAGUGAUUGGACACAACCAGAGCCCCAGUAUGAAGGACAAGAUGAAGAUGCCCUACACAGAGGCUGUGUUGAAUGAGAUACAAAGAUACAUCAACCUCUUGCCUUCUAAUUUACCCCAUGCUGUGACCCGGGACACGAAAUUCAGACAAUAUGUCAUCCCCAAGGGCACGACUGUAUUCCCGUUGUUGUCUUCGGUCUUACAUGAUUGCAAGGAAUUCCCCAAUCCAGAGAAGUUUGACCCAGGCCACUUUUUGGAUAAAAACGGCUGCCUCAGAAAAACAGAUUACUUUGUACCUUUUUCCCUUGGAAAACGGCUCUGUGUUGGAGAGGGCCUGGCCCGCAUGGAGCUGUUCCUCUUCCUUACCACCAUCCUGCAGAACUUCUCCCUGAAGUCCCUGGUGGAGCCCACGGAACUAACCACCAAACCCCUUGUUUCUGGGCUUCUCAACCUGCCUCCGCCUUUCAAGCUGUGCCUUGUUCCUAGAUGA